AUGCUCAAAGCCUCUAAUAAAUCAAGAAAGAACGAAUAAUUGGACACAAUAUAAGUUAUAGAGAAAUGCACAAGUAUUAGUAAUUUUUGUGUAUGGUAGAAAUAAUGAAAGAAGAUCGUUUAUAAUUAAGAUAAAUGGUAAAAGAUGAAAAUUUGAAGUUAAUUGAAUUAAUAGCAAAACAUAAAAGAAAAAAUGAUUUAAAUGACUUAUAGUAAGAAUUAAGAAAGUUUUUGAAAGAUAAAAAAGGAUCUCCAGAUAAAGUUUAAUGUGCACCUGUUGUUUUAAGAAAAGUGAAAUCUAAAGAGAGAUGUGAAUGGAAUACUUCAAUGAGUUCAAAUCCAUCUAUAAGAUCACCUAGCAGAUCUAAUUUAGAUUUUAGAAAGAAAUAAAAAGAGGAAUCAUAUAAAAAAAUGGAAUCCUUAAAAAAAAUAGAGAAAGUAGAAAAUCAAAUUGAUUAAAAAGAAAAUGAUGAUUUAAAAAUUUUAGAUGAAAUUUAAGAGGUUAAACCAGAAGAAUAAACUGUUUUAUUCAACUAAGCAAAUUCAGUAAUAAAUGCUUUUCAAGAGGAUAUAACUCCUGUAAAGAUGGAAUUUUAGACUGUUGUGUCUUAGGCACCUAUAAAUUAAAGUGAUUAAAGAAGUGAAUGUAUUUUAUAAUACAAUGCAGGUGAGAUUUAACAUUAUAUGUAAUAUGAUAGACAUUACAUAUCAAAAGAGACUUAUAGUUUACCUUAAUUAAUUAGUUUGAAUUAUAAAGAAAUAGCUCCUUCUGAUUAUUAAAGUUUAUUUACAGAUUGGAAUUCUCUUCUUCAUAAUCCAUAAUAGCCAAGAUGUGAUUUAUCAGAAGAAAUCUAAAAUUUAGAAUAAUCUAAAUCAAUAAAUUUGAACACAGAAUAAUCUUAAAUGGCUAAGAGUUUAGAAAUUCGUGGAGUAACAGCAGAAGAACUCUUUACAUAUUUAGUUCAUCAUCGUUUUACAAAAAGAUUGAAUUAGUAUUAGUUAAUAGAAAAUGCUAAAAUAUCAAUUCCUAAUGCAUAAUUAGAUUUAGAGUCUUUGUUCAAGUUAUCAGAUAAUGAUGAUGAUGGAUGGAUUAGUUUAGAAGACUUGGGUUAAACAUUAUCCUAAACAUGCAUAGAGACAGAAUAACAUAUGAAUCCAAUUAAGGGAUUAUAUGUUAGAUUGAAUGGUAAAGUUAAUUUGGAGAAUUUUAUAAAUGCAAUGAAUGAUCGAAUAUAAGCAGAAAUGUAAUAGAUUACAUUAAUAUCAUAGACUUUAUCAUGAGAUUGAUUUAUUUAGUAAAGGUUUUAUUACAUAUUGGGAAAUGUAUAAUCAUUAUGAUGAAAUUGAAAAGUUACUAAAAUAUUGA